GUUUUGGAGAGAGCAAGUCGCACGGACGAAGACGAAGCGACACGGCAGGAGCAGCAUGGCGGCAGCGGUCGAGGAAGACUGGGAGAGCGCUGUUGGCGCCUUAUCCCUCCAGGACAAGGUCGCGAGCGAGGCUCCCGCUGCCGGGGCUAAGGCCGGGAGCUCGGAGGGCGGCCCCUCUUCUCCCGCUGCGCCCGAUGUCUCGUCAUCGAAGAAGUCGACCCCCGCAGCCACUGCUGCUGUCCCCCCCUCGACAUCAGCAUCUCAGCAGGAGGGCGCAACAAGCGCGGGGACUACUGCUGCUGCGACGGCCGCGGUGGUUGCUCGUGACGAUGUCGAUCCGGCCCUGAUGGACGCCUUGGGCAAUGCUCGUGAUUACGUGCUCAAGUUGGAGGGCGAGCUGGUGGCGUUCGUCACCACCAAGGAGGAUCCCAAGCCUCCGCACCUUGUUCUACCCCCUCGGUCUUCCUACCAGCGCCUCAUCGCCUACCGGCUGGCGGCAAGAUUCAAGCUGCAGAAGGCCAACGCUGCGCAGGAGAGGGAAGCUAUCGUGGCGGCGGGGAUGGACCCGGCAACCACGAUCGGAGUCGCGUCUCCUCCUCCUCCCGCCGCCGCCGGAAACGGAAACGGCAACAGCCAACAGCAGCAGCAGGCGCAGAAGGUGACGGCGUUCGUGCGCGUCGCCGACUCGGCGGUACCGGCGGUCCUGCUGUCGGCGCUGGACGCCGAGGCGAAGCGGAGGGAGGCGGCGGAGGCGGUGGCGACCGCGAUGGCGGUAGCGGCGACCGGCAGCAAGGGCGCCCCGAUCAAGCUCAUGCGCCGCAACCCGGGGGACCCGCGGGCGCCGAACCCCCACCAGGGCCAGGGGAACGGAGGCUUGGAGAAGCACGUGAAGACGGUGGAGGUUCGGGAGCGGGAGUACGCGGAGGCCCGCGCGAGAAUUUUCGGGACCAAGAGCCCACCGUUGCCGACGCCGGGACCCCCACCCGGCGCUGCUGCUGCUGCUGCUACGCCUGACGGUGGUGCCUCGAGCCCUUCUGUUGUUGAGGCCGUCCCUGACGCUGCUGCGCCGUCGGCAGAGGCCGUGCCUGCUGCAGCUACGGCGGCGGCGACGGCGGCUACCGUUGAGAGGACCGCAGAGGUCGGGUCGCCGACGCGGACGGUGGCGGCGGCGGCGACGGCGGCGGCUACGCAGGAAGCAACAGCAGCAGCGGAGGGAGCAGCCGCCGGGGAAGCGCAGCCCGGCGGCGGCAAGGCGAAGGGCAAGACGUUGAACAACGCCGAACGCGGCGUCGCCGCCGGUGCCGGGGCCAAAGCCGAUCGCCCCGCCGCGGCCGCUUUGUCCAACGGCGACAGGCCUCCGCCGCCUCCCGCCACCGCCACUACCCCUCCUUCUUCCGCCGCCGCCGCCGGCGUCGCGACGAAGACUGCGUCACCGACCAAGGGCAAGGGCAACGGCGUUGCCGGGGAGGGAGCAGCGGUGGCGGCGGUUGCGGCUACUGGUUCGAGCACACCGUCUGGGAAGACGAAGGCAGGGGCGGCGGGCAAGAGGACGGACCGCGAGGCGAAGCAGGCCGGAGGGGCGGUGACAUCUCAGGGCCCCGACGGGACGAUGGGCUUCGGCAGCGGACGAGGAAAGCCCGUGCCCGGCGGGGGCGGCGGUGGCAAAGGCGGCGGGGCGGCGGCGGGCCGGGAGGGAGAACGGGGGGUGCGGGAGGAGGGGGGGGCAGGGGCAGCAGAAGGCCCUGUCUCUNGGGGUGCGGGAGGAGGGGGGGGCAGGGGCAGCAGAAGGCCCGCCGUGAACGCGGGGGAGUGGAAGGGGCAGAGAGGUAUGCAGCGCAACCGCAUGGCGGAGAAGUCGGACCCGGACUUCGUCCGCAACUACGACCACUACCGCCCGAGCUUCGCGCCGUACCGGCAGCUGGCGGACCCCGGGGGGGGCGGUGGGGGGGGGAGGGGGGGCAGGGGGGGAGGGAGGGACGGGCCUGGGGGGCAGCAGCCGCAGCCUUCGCCGCGAUUGCUCCAGCAGCACCCGCACGCGAUGAUGAGCGCCGCGGUGCAGCACGCCCACGGGCAGGCCGCGCACGCCAUGAUGGCGAUCCCGGCCGGUAUGCAAGGGCACCAGCUUCGCGGGCAGAUGCCUGGACAGAUGGAGGCCCAGGCCAUGGCGGCCGCCGCCGCCGCCGCCGCCGCCGCAGGGGGGGGAGCGCCGUCAGUCUACGGCGCGGCUGUCCCGGGACAUGCGAUGUACGCCGCCCAGGGGUACGUGGACCCUGCGCAAGCCGCUGCUGCCGCCGCCGCCGCCGCUGCGGUUGCCACUGGUGGAGCGGCGCCCGGGGUCAGCGGUGUCGCAGGGUCGACGAUGCGCGGCCAGCAACACCAGCAACACCAGCAACACCAGCAACCCAGGCAGCACCAGCACAACCAGCCCCACCACCAACAACACGUGCAGCACCAUCAGCAGCCACACGCUCAGCAACCGGCGGCGCACCGUGGCCAGCAGCAGCAGCCACAGCAGCAGCAGCAGCAGCCACAAACCGGUCUUUUGCAGACGCCGCAAGUGCCGACGAGCCUGGCCAUGACCAGCGGGUACAUGACGGCGCAGGACUUCUACGGGGCACAGCAGCCGCAGCAGGCAAUCUACUACCCGCAGGACCCAAGCAUGCAGGGCGUGGCCAUGGGGUACACCGUUCAGCAGCCGCACCUCGCCCAUCACCCCCACCAGCAGGCCUUUGUUGUUCCCGUACAGCAGCAGCAGCAGCAGCAGCCACAGCAUCACCCUUACCAGCACCACGUGUAUCCGGUGGGAGCGAUGCAACAGCAGCCCGUACCUCAGCAGCAUCGCCAGCAGCAGCAGCAGCAGCACGGAAACCACCAGCAGCAACACCAUCAGGGCGGAGGGGGCGGCGGGGGGCGAGGUGCAGGCCGAGGCGGGGGCGGCGCUGGCGGGGGGCGGGGGGGCGCCAACCGCGGCUACCAGAGUGAUUUCCCGCCGCUAAACUGAGAGAACGACUCGGGGCCGAUUUUGUCUCAGGGUUCUUUCGGUGCUUGAAGGCGUUGGGGCAAUAAGUUGUGGUCGCACUUUGGGCUGUGUACCCCUUUUAGGCCUGUACCCAUUGUACACUUCUCCUCUCCCCUGCCCUUCGCACGCGUUAUGGCCCUCAGUAGAUCAUAAGAGAGCGGACAAAUUGAGAGAGGGUUUGUCGCGCCUGCGCUUGCUUGCCUGAGAGGUCGCCGGGUGAGAAAAAGGGCGUUUGAGUGUCUGUCCUGUGUGAGUCGGGGUGGUGCCGCCACGCGCUUGUUGGCGGCAGCAGACGUGGUGUGAUCGCGAGUCGUUCUUCAGUGGAAGGAAUAGAGGGAUAUACAAACAAUGAGUCCCCGCAAGGGCGGCGCACGACGGCUGCGGCCCUGCCGCGGCAUUUGCGCUGCCGCUUGACUCUCGCGGCCCGAGCGCACGCGCCGUCUGCUGUGCCCUCAGCGGUGUAGUCUGUGCGGCAGAACCUUGGCCAUGCAGCAAAGCCAGUCGAUGUUUUGCGAGAGCGUAUGCUGACGACGACGACGGGCGGCUUGUGUGUGUUGUGUCGCGCGGUGCGGGGGAAUGGAGGGAGGAGGCAAGGGGUACAGAUCUGCUUGUUGAAAGUGUGAUGUGUUAGUAGUUGGUGCUCCGUUUGCGCUUAUGUCGGUGCGCAAUAGGUGUGUCCUGAGAGCGAUGUUGCACAAUACUCGGAGAGCUAAGCCGUGUUUAUCUUACAUUUCGCGGUGCGGGUGGGGCUAGUAGUGCGUGGGUACGGGAGAGAAUGGUGUGAGGUGUCUGUAUUCUGUCUGUGGUCGGCUUUCGUCGACAGCCUGUAUCUGCUGCUUGUUGGUGACGUCGCCGUCUUCUGUAAACAGCUUCGUCGCGAUCAUUGUAGGGGGGGGCAGGAAAAGAGGCCGCAGCCACCAUCAUCGCUCGGCGCCUUUACUAGAAACCCCCUCUCAGCGAAACGAAGAGAAGGGAUUUGUACAUCCCGCGAAGCAAUUAUAUUGGUUCUGUUUUGUGGAUGUUGUUUGGGUUGGGUUGUUGGUCACAGCUUGUGGUCGACUCGAUGGUCAACUCUACUGUACAGUACGUGAUGUUGUGGUAUUUUUUCUCUCCAGAGGGCUUCUUUACAACACUUUUAAAAGUAGUCUUGUAUUUUGGCCGCUGCAGUAGACACACGCUCGUGGCGAGUUCGACAGGCUUCUUGUCCGUCCCCUUCGUGUGAGAAAAACAUUCUGGAACCAACAAAAAUCGUUUGAAUGCCCUUAUGUACAG